UGGACGUUGGGGUGGGAGGGAGGUGGUGGGAUUGUGACGUCGUGUUCUCGGGUGUCGGUUGAAAGUGUCAUGCUCGGUGCAGCGGUGCCAGAUUGUGAGUAUGGAGAGUUCGGCAACUCAAGGCCUUCAAGAAUAGGAUCGCUGGAGCUGCGUGUUUCGGUGUUGAGUACGAGGGAUUACACGUGAGCUGCAUUAAUCGGUGGCUUAGAGCCCAAGCUGAUUAGAACUGGUUGCAGAUUAGAAUCGCGCCCGGGUUGUUCCUUCUUACUGAGGUGUCGUUCACGACGAAGUUGGGAAUCGGCCCUCUUCGUCUGACGUUUGGUAUAUGCGUUUUCUCUCCCUUUUGCUGUCAGUGAUAGAGACGGUGGAAUCUGAGUCGAGGACGUGCCGAGUUGGAAAUUGUAGCAUACCCUCACCUCGCAGGUUUCUUGAAGGUUUGGAGUACGGCGAUUUCGGAGGUCGUCUUAUUUCAUCGGCGGUCAGCUCGGCGAACACGGAAGUUGGGGCAGCCGCGUUGAGCGAUGCGUUUGGAUGACUUGGCUCUGUCACGCAACCUAAACGAAGAAACCUGGUAGUAUGUGUCUUCGGGCAUUGAGCAUUUCAGUGCACAAGGGAUCAUUGCAUCUUGAAGAUCCGUGAAGACAGGUCUGAGAAAAUGGGGAAAGAAUCUGCAGCUCCGAAGCUGUCCGCCUCGAAAGGGGCGCAAUCGCCGUCCCGCGAAAUAGCUACAGAGAUAGAUAGCCGAGCUCCACUGUCUCCAAUCCUGGUGAAGCCCCGUAACAAUCUCCCAGCGCAUCAACGACAGCAACACCAAGUGCACUUUCAUCCGACUUCGCAGGUGUCAGGAUUGAAGAAGAACACUCAGAUUCCGCCAUCGACCUCGCUCCGAAUGGCCAAUAGCGCUGAUUACUUGGAAAACGUUACGACAUCUUCGCCGAGAACCACGGAGCAUAAGUUUGCAGCUCCUGCCACCCCGAAGAGCGCAGGCAAGAGGAGGUUCGGGUGGAGCAACACCCGGCAACAUGAGGACCCUUUGCCUGGUUUUGUUGGGCUGAGGUCAGCAAUGGCCAGCAGCUCACCAAAGCAUCAUCGUACUAGAGAUGCAUCUGUGGAGUUUAACAAUCAGUUUUCAGAUACAUCUUCUUCAUCGUCUUCCACAUGCUCAGAUCUCAGCAUUCCAUCAUGUUCGAGCAGCAGCCUAUAUUCGGGAUACACGUCUGCAUCCAGCAAGACAGGCUAUGAUUCUGCAUCUGAAUCCGCGUCCAGCACUCCCAGAAGCACGUCUCGAACCACCCCUGUCAAGAACAUCCCUCGACCAGGGAAGCCCGGGGUGCCUCACUCCGCUGCCCUUGUUCAUAAGGGUUCCCAACGAGGAUUGCUGAACUCGCACUCAAUGAAAGGUGGACUUGAAAAUGUACCUUCUUUUGAACUACAAGAAGAUCCAGAUUUUUGGAACGAUCAUAAUGUUCAGGUCCUAGUGCGCACACGCCCUGUCAGCAACUCAGAGUCAGUAGGGGCGGGAUUUACUAGAUGUGUUCGACAAGACAGUGCCCAUACUAUUACCUGGCUAGGCCAACCCGAGACUCGUUUCACUUUCGAUCACGUCGCUGGCGAGUCUAUUACACAGGAAGACAUUUUCAGAGUUGCCGGUUCACCAAUGGUGGACAAUUGCUUGCGAGGCUACAAUAGUUGUAUGUUUGCAUAUGGCCAGACAGGUAGUGGCAAGACUCAUACAAUGCUUGGAGACAUUGACGAUCUUGAUUGCCAUCCUAGCCACCAACGUGGGGUGACUCCUCGAAUUUUCGAAUACUUGUUUGCUACGAUUCAACAAGAAGUUAUACUUCGGGAGCAAGAACAUUUGCGAUUUGUCUGCAAAUGCUCAUUUCUCGAGAUUUACAACGAACAUAUCACAGACUUGUUGGACCCAUCGUCUACAAACUUACAUAUCCGAGAAGAUGCGAAAACUGGGGUUUAUGUUGAGAACUUGAAAGAGGUUGAGGUUAAAAGUGUACAUGACGUUGUUCAACUUCUUAUCCAAGGAGCUUCCAAUAGGAGGGUUGCAGCGACGAACAUGAACAGGGAGAGUAGUAGAUCACACAGUGUUUUCGCUUGCAGUGUCGAAAGCAAGUGGGAAAGCAAUUCUUUGACCAACAUCAGAUUCGGCCGUCUAAACUUGGUGGACCUUGCUGGUUCAGAAAGGCAGAAGUCUUCAGGUGCGGAAGGUGAUCGCUUGAAAGAAGCGGCGAAUAUCAAUAAAUCUCUAUCUACCCUUGGGUUGGUCAUCAUGAUACUGGUGGAUGUUGCGAACGGGAAAGAGCGCCAUAUUCCUUACCGUGAUUCUAAGCUCACCUUCCUUCUGCAGGAUUCUCUCGGAGGAAAUUCUAAAACAACGAUCAUAGCCACAAUCAGUCCUUCCAAUGUCAAUGCGCUGGAGACGUUGAGCACGCUCAAGUUUGCACAACGUGCGAAGUUCAUUCGCAAUAGUGCCCACGUUAACGAAGAUUCUUCAGGGGAUGUGAACGCACUACGUCGCGAAAUUCAGCAAUUGAAGAAUGAACUCAACAUUCUGAAAGAGCACGGUAUGUCAGCCACCCAAACGAUGGAAGGCGAUCACCUCAACAUAUCGGCCAUGAGUCCCGCUCAAAAACAAAGCUCAAAUAAUCUACAUCACAAGAUUAGGGCUGUAGAGGCUACGCUCGCGGCUUCGUUGAGAAGGGAACAACAGGCACAACUUGCAGCCAAGCAAUACGCUACCGAAGUUGAUCAGCUGCAAUCUCUGGUACAACAACGUGAUCAAAGCACUCAAAGUGGGAGGAUGAUUCUUCGCUUCAGAGAUGAUAAAAUUCGUAGAUUAGAGGCAGUAGUAGCUGGCAAGUUACCAGUGGACUAUCAUCUCCUUGAGGACAACAAACGGCUUGCCGAAGAGCUUGAACUUGUAAAAGCUCAAGUUGACCGUAAUCCGGAGCUCACCCGCUUUGCUAUGGAUAAUAUUCGACUUAUGGAACAAGUUCGAGGAUUUCAAGAAUUUCACCAGAAAGGAGAGCGUACUAAGAUGAUGGAGGAGAUCGCAAAUCUUAGAGAUCAGCUAUUGGAGAUGACGGAAGCAAAACUGACUUUGGAACAGGGUGCCAUUGCCCUCUCUAAUUCACAGGCUGAUAAGUACCGCAAGGAACUAGAGAUAUGCUGUAACGACUUAAGCACAUGCUUAGAGAUCAACUCGACAUUGACGAAAGAAUUGGAGCAGCUGAAACAACAAGUUGCGCAGCUCAAUACACGUUGUCAAGAGCAGCAGCAAGAUUUGGAUUUUCUGAAGGCUCAACCAAUGGGACGGGUUGAAGAGCUGGAGCUAGAAAGGUCGGUGCAUUUGCAAAUCAUCGAAGGCCUGAAAGCUCAACUACAGCAGCAGAAAGAGAGCGAAAAUCGAAUUGCUCAGAACGAGGAUAUGAGGGAUGUAGUUGAGAUCAAGCACACUGUUCAUCGGAUUCAGUCGCAAGGCCAGAUUCAGGAUAAUGUUUGCAUCACUUCUGAAGUUCUGUUACCUCAAGAAGAUCAGGUUCAAGUGGAUAACAUCGCUAUCGCAGAGCGUGAGCCUUGCACACAAGGAUUCACCACUGAAGUAAGUUCUUUAUUUGACGAAGACAUUGAGCAACUUUCUGUGUGUGACGAGAAACAAGCAGCGAUGGAGACCGAGUUUGAAACUUUUUCAGAGUUGAUGGUACAGAAGGAAUCGCUUCUCGACGAAGACCUUGAUAAACUAGAUGUUUGUACUAAGCGUCAGAGUUUGGAGUCCGAGUUUGAGACAUAUGCAGUGGUUAUGGAAGAAAGAAGUUCGUAUCUAUCUGAGGAGGCUGUGCGCCAGAAAGUGCAUGCUAAGACCUUAGAAAUGGCUUCUCAUUUUGAACCCUUCACAGAACUCAUGGAGGGAGAGGAAUUACUUUUGAGGGAAAGCUUGGAACAACUCAAUAUUGGGACAAAAACAGUCGCUGGGUUAGAAACUGACAAUUUGGGAGUUGUAGCUAGCAGAGAUAAUCUAGACAUUAGACUCGACUUGAAGCCCGAAAUCUCGACUUCCGUGGAAUCGCUACCUGCUGUUGUAGAGGCGGAUUCUUCUUGCGUUGUUGCACUCUCCACGCAGGCAAAACUCGAAAUGUCCUCGAAUCCAUUUGAGACUGAAAGGGCAGGCCCCAAGAAUCCGGAAUCAACAUCAGAACAGGAGACAUCCAGAAACUCCAGCUCAGAAGACGUUUCGCAUCGAUGUGUGGAAUUCGUGACUAAAACCGCAACUGUAGAGUCCAUGGAGCUGUCCGAAGGCAGGGAGCUAAAUUUGUCUGCUCUGGAUAUUUUGCAAGAAGACCUGGAUGCCAUACGCGCUGGAGUCACUGAGAAUGCCUCAGUGAGGUUGGAUGCUACAGAUUCAAUUUUGAUUAACGCCGACAACAAGCCUAUUAAUGUAGAGGUAACCAAAGGUGGAUCUACCAUGGGCACCGAGAUUAAAUCGGAUAGCGAGACAUCUACAUCGGGGGGAGACGUGAAGGCGCCAUCUACACAAGACGGAGACGUGGCAAGCACUUAAUUCCCUGACUUCGCAUGCAGCACUGAUCAGACUAGUCAUAGCGAAGGGAGAAUAACCACGUCUUGAUUAGUCAGCGAGCGUUGCUGAAGAGCUACUUGUUGAGCUAGUUCGAGCCGUGCUUGCUCUGUAGAUACUCUCAAAGAAAGGACACUUCUGAAUUCAGUUAUCUGCGAGCGAGUACAUGCCUGCCGAGGCCUUUCGAUGCUUCUACAACUGGUGACGGACCCUCUUCUGCCACAACCGAACCUCUGGCUAACCUUAGGAGACGCACAGCCCUUUCUAGAUCGUCUAUCAGAAGAGAUCAUUGGUGACGGAAUCAUUUUACUGCUAAUUAACGAGUUGUCGGAGCUCUUAAAAUCCUCCUGGAUGAGAUUCCUCGCUUUCUAGAUAUUUGGACUUGGAACCAUCCUUUUAAUUUGAAAGUGGAGACGUCGUCGAAGACUCUAUAGCUUGGAACUUUCUUCAGAUACAGGACACAAGGACAAUUGGAGCCCCCUCAGAAUGCCACAAGACGGAGCACAGUUGUUACUAGAAGAUCCUUUUCUGGGUAUUUAUCUCACCUUGUUGUUGGAUUUUGCGGACGGCUUGAUCCUGACGAGAAUUGACAAACCUCGUUAUCUCUUCAAGUAUGUGGGUAUAUGUGUACACUUACAUAUUUGGGGAGAACUAAUGCCCAGCGCAUGUGGAGCAACACCGACCUAGCACAUUUUUAGGCCGGACAAGGAUGGUUAUUAGCUAGCGAUAUAUUUUGGAGUCCAAGCAUGUGGGUGAUGUUGGUUCAACCAGCGGUCUCUUCAAACCGGCCUGGAUUUUGGAAACGGGCACUAAUUUUCCCUUAGGACAGCUUCAAGCUGGGCCUUUCAAGACUUCUGCUAAUUCGGUAAUGUAGUUGAACUCGUAUCACCUCUUUAGGCACUUUUUGACCCACUCAUGCAGGUUCUCCAGCUUGUAUAGAUUCAUCGUUUCAAUCGCUAGCUUAGCUAUCCUUUCUGAUAGGCCAUAAGGAUAUUGUGAAGGAGUGGUAGUGUUUGAGUAAAUUCAAGGAAACUUUGAAUUGUGCUCUCACUGCGUUUAAUCACUAGACUAAGACACCAACCUGGGGACUUGUGUGCAAGUUCAUCGCUUAACCCCUGUAUUUAUUAUCAAAUUCAAUGAAAUUUCGCAUGUAGAUGAAUUGAUCCAAA